AGCACACGUGUGUGUGUGUGUGUGUGUGUGUUUGCUGAUGUGAGUGUGUGGGCAGUUAGAGAGAGGGGGUAGCUCUAGUGGGUGCACCACCGUGACAUUUGGGAAGUUACAUGUGUGAUGUCAUGUAUGAAAAGUCUUCACGCUCUGUCAGUGAAAUAUAGGCAGUUAUCCAGUCUGUCCACAGAGCUCAGAACCACUCGGACCAGUCACCACGUGUGUGUGUGUAUGUGUGUGUUAUACAGCCUGAAUGAUGUGGCUUGUUCGGACUCUCGUGCUGUCUCUGUCUCUGUCUCUGGGAUACAGUGUGGAACCGGGAUGUGCUGAGUGGAAUUUACACCCCUCGAAUGCCAACUGGGUUUGCUGUGAGAGAUGUAAGCCAGGAAACCACUUGGUGUCUGCAUGCGGCUCAGAAGUGAAAACGCUGUGUGUGCCGUGUGUGAACGGAACCUUCACUACCAGCUACAGGGCCGAGGCCUGCUCGAGAUGCACCCAAUGCAUAGGUCCACAGCGAGUGAAGCAUCCCUGCACUGCCAGCACUGAUACAGUGUGUGAGUGUGUCCAGGGGUUCGUGUGCGGAAACCGAGUCUGCACCUUCUGCGUCCAGCAGUGUGGCAAAGGACAAGAACCUACAGACGACAGACGGUGCCGGGCUUGCCCUGCUGGAACAUUCAACGAUCAGAUCCAUCAUAAAUGCAUUAACUGGAGCAGCAGUUGUCCAUCACCCGAUCAGCAUAUUGUGGCCUCGGGUACGGCCUCCAGCGACAUCACCUGUAGUCUGUCACCUCUAAAUCCCACCUCCCCAACACCAAAUGAAAAAGAUUCAGGGAUGAUUCUGGUCAUAGCUAUCAUUUGUGCAUGCCUGAUCAUCAGCUCAGCAUUGCCACUGUGUGCUGCCAUGUAUUUUAAAAAGGAAAAGACAGUGAAGAUCCCACCCGGGCCUGUGGAAACUCCAGCAGGGCGGAGGCUGGUACCUGAACCUGAGCAGUGUAGUUUCUGUUUUCCGCAGGAGGAACGCGGCAGUCAUUCGUCUCUCCUCACCGAAAAUAAGCCCUUCGAGCUAGUGGUGUGACACGAGAUUGCCCACUCAGAUAUAUUAUUAGUGUGUAUUUAUGAGUCACGCUUUAUAACUGAAUCCAAAUUAAGUUAUUUUUUUUAUAAAUAGUGCAUUGUUUGUAAUUUAAUUUUCUACACACAGUUUUUGAUUAGUUCUUUCCCCCUGCCUGGUGCAGGAUUAUUAAUAUGUAUCUAAAAGGCUGGAAUAUUCUAUGCUAUCAUAAUUAUAUUUUGCUUACUGUCACUACUACUGUAUAAAUUAUUUGACUCAUAGACUACCUAUUUGUUUCUUUACUAUACUGUAUAUAAAUUUUGUGAUUAGUAUGAUUUGUAUGAUUCUUUUUAUAAUAAAGUCCAUAAUUUAAGUCAUGCAUUGUUC